CAGGUCGAUAUAAACAACAUAUAUGGCCUGCAACUAAGCAACAAGUUCAUUAAAAUUGUCAUUUUAUGGCUUGUCCAUGCAUGGAAUCUGCAGAUACCACCUUUAUAAAUAAUUAUAUAUAAUCAGAUGCUUUAACACGACUGCGGUUAGGAACAUGGGGGCACCCACUGAUGGACUGAGAGGAAGAAGGAAGUCAUCUUCAAGAGGACACCACAGGUUUGUGGGAGUGAGGCAGAGGCCAUCAGGCAGAUGGGUUGCGGAGAUUAAGGACUCAUUACAGAAGGUUAGGCUUUGGCUUGGAACUUUUGACUCUGCAGAAGACGCAGCCCGCGCAUACGAUGAUGCAGCCAGAGCUUUACGUGGAGAUAAUGCUCGAACCAACUUCGAAUUGCCUCACUCGGGUUCCAAUUCUGGCGCUGAUAAGAUUGAGCCCUUCUCUUUCGAGGAUGUUUGCGGAACGGGGACUGAAGCACAGGGGAUUCUUGGAGCACUCAAGACUAAAUUACUUGAUGGCCCGAAUCACGGUAUCAUGCACUUCAGAGCUGCUGCUACGGCAAACAUGGGAUGGUCUAAUGAUGAAGCAGCAUACGCCUGGCCUGCACAUAUUCCUGAGAAUGUAUCCUUCGGAUCUGAAGCUACUACUGGUGCAUGCCAAUUUGCUACAGGGGUAAAUGAACCACCUAUGGAUGUGCCAUAUUUAAACCCUAGCCUCGUUGAAAUGCCGAACAGCAGGUCAACGAGCUUGCCCGUACCCGCCACGCAAAUUGAUGAGGGUGGCUGGCCUGAGCAACAAUUUAUGCACUUUGACAACGGCGGUUGGGGUGGUGCUAAUGUCCAUUGGGAUCCUCUGCUUUAUGUAUCCUCCGUGCUUGGUGAAACCGGUUCAUUAUAACUUUUGUACAACAAAAAUAUUCAUCAGCUGCCUUAGAUUCAUUUUUUUCUUUCAAAUUAGUGCUCCCUUCCAAUAUAUGGAUUUUGCUGCCUACGUCUAGUAUGCUAUAUUGAUUACAAAAGUUGCAAUUCCUUUGCUAUAUUGUUUAUACAUUUUGCCCUUUUAUAUUAAAUAAUAAGCGUUUUAACAUUA